GAAAAUUUCCAGAUCUGCUCUGCUCUGUUCCUUCCGUCCAUGCCCUGCUGUGUGUGUGGGUGUGAAUUUUCCAAAUUUUUUAUAAGAAACAGCCACCAAUUCCUCUGUUAUUCCUUGAAUUGGCUUGGGUUUACUCUAAUUUCUUUUGAUUCUCCCAAUUUUUGGUAGAUUCCCCAAAAUUUUUCUGCACUUCUCGUCGGCCUCCCCAACCCACUGCUCUGGUUUUUGCUUGCUAAAAUUCUAAUGGCUCCAAAACGGCGUGGGCACCCGAGGGGUGGCUAUAAGGAUCAGGGUUUCUUAGUUUCUGUCAUUGAUGCUAGUAAUGUGACGUUGAGACUAAAAGACAUCCUUGUGGUGUGUGAGUUUCUGGAUGUAUUUCUAGAGGAUCUCCCAAGGUUACCUUCAGAUAGGGAGAUUGAAUUUGCUAUUGAUCUUGUUCCUGGCACCAGACCUAUUUCCAAAGCCCCGUACCAUAUGGCUCUUGCGAAGUUGAAGGAGUUAAAGGUCCAGCUGGAGGAACUCCUUGAGAAAGGGUUUAUACGGCUUAGUGUGUCACCUUGGGGAGCUCCAGUGUUGUUUGUUAAAAAGAAGGGUGGGAGCAUUAGACUGUGCAUAGAUUACCGAGAACUGAAUAAGGUAUUUAGCAAGUACCUAGAUAAGUUUGUGGUUGUCUUUAUUAACGACAUUUUGAUUUACUCUUCUAGCCAUGCUUUUCAUGAAAAGCACUUAAGGACAGUUCUCAAGACAUUGAGAAGUGAGAGGCUGUGUGCUAAAUUUAAGAAGUGUGAAUUUUGGCUAGAUAGUGUUGCAUUCCUAGGUCACGUUGUGACUAAGGAUGGAAUCUCCAUUGACCCCCAAAAGAUUAAGGCCGUGGUGGAUUGGAAAAGGCUGAAUAGUGUUGCAGAAGUCCAUAGUUUUCUGGGAUUGGUUGGUUAUUACCAUCGAUUUGUGGUGGAUUUCUCUAGAAUUGCUCUGCCAAUGACCUGUCCGAUUAGGAAGGACGCCAAAUUUGAGUGGGCUCCAGAGUGUGAGAAGAGCUGUUUGACUCUUAAAGAGAAACUGGUCACUGCUCUUGUACUCGCACUUCCCAUCAAUGGGGAAGGAUUCAUUAUAUAUAGUGAUGCCUCUAAAAAGGGCAAAGCUAAUAACGUAGCAGAUAUGUUGAGUAGGAAGUCCUCUAGCACUGCCUCUAGCAUCCUUGCCACCCAAAAGGAGUUACUUAAGGAUCUUGUGAAACUGGAUGUGGAGUUGAGAGUGGACAGUACUACAACUUAUCUAGCUACUUUCAGUGCACAACCGACAUUAAUUGAUAGAAUUAAAGUUGCCCAACAAAAAGAUCCUUUCUUGCAAAGGUUGAAGGAAAAAGUAAAGACGGGGGAACCCCACACGCAAGAAUUUAGAGUGUCUAACGAUGAGACUCUGCGGUUUGGUGAUAGGUUGUGUGUACUAAGAGAUCAUGCUUUAAGGCGUGAGAUUAUGGGAGAUUCCUAUAAUACUAGUUACACAGUUCACCCAGGUAACAUUAAGAUGUAUCGUGACUUGCAUAGUAUGUUUUGGUGGCGGAAUAUGAAGUGGGAGAUAGCUAGAUUUGUCUCACAAUGCUUGACUUGCCAGAAAGUCAAGGCGGAACACCAAAGACUUCUUGGGAAGCUGCAGCCGUUACCUAUUCCCCAAUGGAAGUGGGAGAAUAUCACCAUGGACUUUGUGACAGGUUUACUGCGAACCUUAAAGGGAAAUGAUUCCAUCUGGGUCAUCAUUGAUCGAUUGACCAAGUCAGCACAUUUCUUACCUUACUGGACUGGCGCAUCCAUUGAGAAGCUUGCCAAUAUGUACAUGAAUGAGAUAGUUAGGCUGCAUGGAGUCCCUGUGUCUAUUAUGUCAGAUAGAGAUACAAGAUUCUUAUCUCAUUUUUGGACAAACUUGCAGCAGGCACUUGGUACUCAAUUAAAUUUCAGCACAGCCUUCCAUCCUCAAACUGACGGGCAAUCUGAGAAAACUAUUCAGAUACUGGAGGACAAGUUGAGGGCUUGUGUUCUAGAUUGGAAGGGUUCAUGGGAUCAACAUUUAUCCAUGGCUGAAUUUGCCUAUAAUAAUAGUUACCAGUCCAGCAUCUGCAUGGCACCGUUUGAGGCUUUGUAUGGUCGAAGGUUUGGCAUCCAGAGAAAAUUGAGUCCAAGGUAUAUUGGACCAUAUCCUAUUCUAGAAAGGGUUGGUGAGGUAGCUUACCGAUCAGAGUUAUUUGGAAAUUUAGCGAGUGUUCAUGAUGUGUUCCAUAUGUCUUUACUUCGGAACUAUAUUCUUGACCCGAGCCACCUCAUUGAUCCUAAACCCAUUCAGCUUCAAGAAGAUCUCACUUAUGAUGACCGAACAAGAGGCCAAGCACCAACACAUCACCCACUUGAAAGAACCGAUAAGAAAAGCUUGAUUUUCCCUUCUUUCUUGUUCAAGACCAAGAUUUGGAGCCUUGAAACCUCCCCCCCUGUAGGAAAAUUUCUAGAUCUGCUCUGCUCUGUUCCUUCCGUCCGUGCCCUGCUGUGUGUGUGGGUGUCCAUUUUCCAAAUUUCUAAUUCCCCAAAAUUUUUCUGCACUUCUCGCCGGCCUCCCCAACCUAUAGCUCCGGUUUUUGCUUGCUAAAAUUCUGGUUCUUCAUUGUUCUGUCACCCCAGCACUUGGAGUGAAUUUUUGUAUAUGUGAUUGAGGAAGUGAGAUCCGAGACACGAUUAACCAGGGGGAGUGACGAGAUAGAUGGCUAGUCAGUAUUUUAGACUUAGAUCCUUUUAGGCUUAGGCCGUUAGCCACACAUGCUUGUCAUAGAUGUGAAUUUUUUUUUUUUUUUUUGUAUACUGAAUUUUCCUUGGUUAUAGCCAUGAUUGUUUUAUAAACUUUUGCACAUUUGGACUAGCAAAUUUUUGGUAAUUAUGAGUAUAGUAAGUUCCGAGCGUUGUGCAUUUGUGAAACCAAUUCACGAGUGCAUGACGUUUGUUUUGCUCUUAGUUUUGGGGUGUGACAUUUGCAAAGGUAAUUUUGAGGUCCAACAAAAAUUCAAUUGCUAC